AAUUUUAUAUACAAAAAUUAAGCGACAAAAUUAUUUAAAACUCGAACAAAAGUCGGGGGAUAUAAAGACGAAAGCUUUACUCAAUCGUUUAAAAUCGAGGCCUUUCUAUCGUAUAAUGGCGCCAUUUAAACUCUUUCGAAAUGCGGGCAGCACAUCACGAAGUACAUCACAAGAAAAUGAACCCGACCAGCAAACUAUAACAACAACAACAAAUUUAGUUGUAACGUCAAGCUUAAACAAGUUAACGACUGCAAUCACAUCAUCCUCCGCACAUAUUAAUUAUCUUAAUAUUGAUGAAUCUGAUCAGAAUAGUGAAAAUAGUAGUUUAAUGUCUUUUAAUAAUGAUCAACGUGCUUUAUUAUCUGCAGGCUCUACCGCCGAUCAAAUAGGAUACUCAAGUCCGCAAUUAUCAGAUACACCGAUACCUAUAAGUCCACCCCCGAGCUAUGAGACCGUAAUGAAAGAGAAUCAAUUACUGGCAUUAGACAAAGAGAAUAACACUAUACAAACUACAAUACACACAAAUUUAUUGGUUGAAAGCUUCUAUACGACACCGAACGGCAGUAACAAUAAUUUGUUUAGUGAAAUGAAUGAAUAUAACAGCAACAGCACCAAUAGCUGUAACACAAAUAAUGCUAACAAUAUACAGCAGAAUAUGGCGUCACCAACUCGAGAAAAUUUAUUAAUUGACAAUUCACAAUGUACGGGAUGUAAUCGCGAUUCAUGUAAUCAACUAUGCAGUAUGAGCACGGAUGUCGGUGGAAAUAAUAACGUUGAUAUAUGCGGAGAAUACAAUGACCGAUGCCUACAAAACGAUCACGCAGAACGAUGCAGUUUGGAUGAUGAUAAUAACACAGACAAUUACAAUUGCUCCGAUGAGUACUCAAAUGAAUGCCAUCAAAAUCACGAUAAUGAAUAUACGAAUCAAUAUUAUAACGAUGGUCAUCAACAAAUGGCUGUUAAUUAUUCAGAUGUGGCGCCGGCAAAGGGACCGGAGCUUUUGUAUAAAUCAACAAAGGAGCUUUAUAAAGUUGUCGCUAGGGAGUGUGGAAUUACUUGUAAAAUGACAGACACUUGUCGAUGCGUUGAUUGCCAAUCGAGAUAUUUCGAUUGUGAAUUCGAUCAGAAUGACAAUGACACGAGACAAGAUCAUUCAGACGGUGGUCUUGGAGCAGGCACUCCAAUGUUCGUAAAUGAAGUCCUUCAUGGUACAGCAUGUACUAUUUUAUAAAUUAACUGAAAUUGAAAAAUAACACAACGGGUCAAUGAAUGUAUAACCUUUUUUUUUUGAGAUAACAAAAUACAAUUUUAUUGCGGAUAUGCAGUACCGUAGGAAAUGUUAAGUGACUUUUUUUUCUGUGUCUUGUAUAUUGGUACUGCUAUCUCAACCUUAGAAAUCUAAUGUUGCACAACCGAAAUAAAAAAAUCCAGAAUCCAAACACAUGAAUUUUAAGGAUAACUAUAUAUUUGAAAAUAACAAAAAAAUCUAUACAUAUAACAAACUAUUAACUGAGAAAGCAGAUUUAACAUGUGGUUUUGGUAUAUGAUGAGCAGGGAAGCUGUUUUUUUGGAAUGUAUCCAGGUUGGAGUGACAAAAAGUGCACUUUUUGAGGGCAUGUGAGUUUGUAGUUUAAAAGAACUGAGUUUAGAAUUUUUGUUUUGAGGACCGGAUUUUGACAUUUUGAAUUUUAACGGUUUUUAAAAUUUUGAAUUCCAACGGAUUCUAAAACUUUGAAUU